AUGGUCAAACACUUGCCUCCAGGUAUCAAGCAGCUUCUCGCGCUCCGUAACCCUCACCCGCGACCAACGCCACCGUUCUCAAGACUCGACGCCGUCUUGCGCAACACCCUCCAGGACGCACAGGCCAGGAAAGCGGAGAAGGGAUGGCUCACGCUUGCGACGUGCACGCUGCUCACCGCUAACGCGCCCCCCACGGUGGGACGGCUGUACCACGUCACGACACGCACAGACCCAGACAACGCGUCGACUCGUGGCCCGCUCGCCACCUCCGUGGAGAAAGCUGCGCUGAUGCGCGAAUCGGCCCUCAAGAGCUGCAUCUUCGUCGGCGUGCCCCGCACCAUUCUGUCCUUGGCAGCCCUCAACGAGGCGAUCGAGGAGGACGUGAGGGACGGCCUCCGGAAGACGUCGAAACGAACGGCGACCAAGGAGAGCGUGGACGAGAUCAUGACCCGCGGCCGGGCGCUCUGGGGAUCCAUCUACGCGCCGCAUGCGGAGAAGUUGUACAACAAGCUCGGCUCGUACCACCCUGACUUCAUCGGCGUACGGCGCGGUGCUCGCGCCGCUGCCCGGGGCGCGGCCGAGCAGGGCAACCUGAGCCGCGCGCUGGGCUCCGUCGUCGGCGCCGCGUGCCUCCGCGCGGAGGGCGGCGUCGGCCCGCAGCUGACGAGCCACGUCUUCGGGCUGCUGAAGGCGCGGGGCGCGCCCGGGCUCGACGCGGAGGACGCGUGGCUCGCGAGCGACGCGGGCGCGGAGUGGGUCGUGCGCACCGUGGACGCGAUCUGCGACGUCGCGAAGCCCGAGCUCGCCGCGGCGGACGCGGGCGCGGAGAGCACCCCGGCGAAGCUCUGA